AGUCAUGGCAUCAGUUGUCCAGCCUGAAUAUGAAGAAGCAGAAUCUCCCAUGCAGACAGAUGAAGAUUUUAUUGCUAAAGCAAAGGGAUUCUCAUAUGACACAACUGCAACAAAUUUAGCACAGUUCUUUGCUGGUUGUGAUUUCAAAGAUGGCAAGAACAAAGGCAUUCACUUUCUUUUCAGCAGAGCCGGGAAAUCAAGUGAAGCAUACAUUGAAUUUCUGGAAAGUAGUGAUUUGAAACGAGCUUUAGAUUUCAAUAAGAAGUACUUGGGGGACAGAUAUGUAGAUGUAUCCAUUGCAACUAGAGAAAUUAUGGAAGCUGCACUAGCAGAAAAUGAGACUGGUGCAGAUCCAGAAGAUUCCCAUCACAUCAUAAAGCUGACUGGAAUGCCUUUUGCUGCUUUACACGAGGAGAUAGCUAUCUUCUUCGCUGGUUGUGAUAUCAAGGGAGGCAAGAAAAAGGGUAUACAUUUCCUACGUAACCAAGACGGAUCAGCGUCUGGGGGAUGUUUUGUAGAAUUUCUAGCUUCUGAGGACAUGAAAAUAGCUCUGUCUAAAGACAAGGAGUACAUGGGUAGUAGGUUCUGCCAUGUCACCAAGUCAACUGCAGAAGAGAGGGAAUAUACGCUAGCUAAACAAAAUGAAGCACUGCAAAACAUGAAAGAACCUAUCCUGAAACUUAAAGGGCUGCCCUUCAAAGCAACAGAAAACGACAUCAAGAACUUCUUCCCUGAUUUGGAAAUCGUUUCUGUUGAAAUGGUGCUCAAUGAACAUGGGAACUGUAGAGGGGAAUCAUUCUUAGAUUUCGCCACAUUGGACGAAGCAAAAGAAGCCAUCAAGUCAUACAAGCUCAAAUUGUUACACAGAUUCGUUGAUGUGACUAAGGGCAGCAGAACAGAGUGGAUGCAAAUGAUUCCAUCCUCCGAGAAGAUUAAGAAAACAGCAGAGGAUCUGGAGGAGCCUAUUGUAAAACUAAACAACCUACCACUGAAAGUAACAAAAGGUGAGAUAGAAGACUUCAUGUUUGGUAUAGAGUGUAGAGCAGUUCAGAUAGUGCGGUUACCACGCGGUGACUGUAACGGAGAGGCUUUUAUAGAGUUUACUAAUGUCGAGGACGCUGCUAAGGCCUUGAAAAAACACAAACAGCCACUCAAUGGAGAAUCAGGGCGAGAUAGACAGGUAGAUGUCACACCAUCAAGUCGCUGUGACUGGAGAAAAGCGCCCCUCCCCAAGACUGCCACAACUACUUCCAAGCCAGUGCCCGCCCGCUCGCGCAGCCCUCCAUCCAGGAAGCGCCCCCUCAGCAUGGACCACUCCGCAAACACUGACAGAGACAGACACGGCUCUCAUCCCAGGAUUAGUGCUCCCACUCCUGUGGGAUAUCCUUCUUAUGGAACUUACAACAACAUGCCUGUGUAUGGAGAUAGAGGGAAUCUGAGGGAAUAUCUUGUUAAUAUGAUCGGACUACCCUUCUCUGCAAGCGAAGAAGACAUCAAGCAGUUCUUCCAUCCCAUUAGAAUGUCUCAAGUUGAGUUUUUAAAGAAUAAUCGGGGGUUGCCACGCGGUAUUGCUGUUGUUGGGUUUCAUUCGGAGGAAGAUCGUAGCAAUGCAAUGCUGAGGAAUAAGAAUACAAUUGGAAGCCGUUACGUUAAUCUGCAUGUGAGAAACGAACCUCGUGAAUACGACUUUGACUUCACUAAAGGCGGUGGUAAAGUACACGAAGACAAGCGGGACGACUUCAGUAGGUCUCGAGAGGUGACCUACAGAGAUAAUCGUAAUAGAGACCCUUACAGUAGAUACUGACAAACAGGUUCGAUAAGAAGACAGAGAAGCUCCUAGGCACAUAGGCGGAAUACUUGCUGGACUAUCACUGACAUCACCACUUAUUUUUGCAUCACUGGAUAAGAAAUUAUAUUUGAUUAGCCAGAUGUGCAAUAUUUAUUUCCUUAUUUGUCCCAAUAACUGGAAUGCAGUUAACAUUAUCAACAAUUUAUGUUUUUAAUCACUAUAACUUUUCUCACAGUUUUGUUUUUCAUUUAUUUAUCAAUUAGUGUUGUUUUAAAACUAUCAAGAUCAGUAUUUCCCGCAACCAAAUGUAACGAAUGAGUUUAAAAAAAUUCCAGCAAAAUCAUUCUA